AUGAAAGCAAAGAAGAUAAAGAAUAAGGCUGUUGUUGCUGAAGAGGAUGAGGUGUACCAGUUGUGUGUGGACCACCCAUAUAUGAGUGUAUUAUAUAAACGCAUUCGUACGCACCGUAAGAAGCUUGAGAAGAUUAAAGCAUUGGAACAAGCUCAAGCUAAUGAAGGAAAAGUAUUGAAUGCGCAGCAAAUAGCGCUAAUGAAUAACAAAAUACCAUUAGAGAAGCUGGUGCAAGAGUUAGAGAUGCUUCGCGAGCAGUUUAUUGGUGUUUACAAUCAAGAAAUGGAACUAAAACAGCAAGAGCAAUUGCAAGUGGUUGCAGUUGAAACUGUUACAGCUGCUGCAAAAGGAAUUGAGCAAGUUGAAGAAGGAAAUGUGAGGGAGAAGGUUGUGAAACAGGAAGAACAGGUCCAAGAGGUGGAAAAGAAGGAGAUGCACGUGGUGGAAAAACCAAUUGAACCAGUUGUAGUGGAUCAGGAGAAGGUGGAGGAUUUUCACAACGUGUACGAGCUGCUAAAGACGCUGCAUGUUGUUAAUUUACAUCAAUCUUUGGGUAAAGAAGUACCCAUGGUGCUGGACUUUUUUUCUAAGGUACUGCUGGGUAAUACACGACCUCCUGCUGAGUUGUCGUAUGAAGAGAACUUGAUAGAAUCGUUGGAGGAAGCUAAAAAGUAUCUCAUAAAGAGCGACAAAGUGUUUGCGUGUAAAACGACCUAUUGUGGCUUACGCGCUCUUGUAGAUGAGUUGGUGGAUAUUUCGUCAAAGAAACCGAUAAAGGAGGAAGUGGAAGAGACUGUGGCCGAAUUUGGUUUAGAGGCGGCAGUAUCUGCUGCUCUAGUUGAAGACACCUUGGGCAUUCCUGCCGUACCUGCUGAGAUAAACAUGAUGCCGCAGAUCAGUUUUUUUACAGAAUCACAGCUGGAGUCGAAGCACGGCAGUGAGACUGCUGUAGAAGUUAAGGUAACCAAAAUGCAGGCAGAAAUGCCCGAAGUUGUGGCUAGCGAGGCUCAGCACCGACUCGCUUCAACUCCUGCUCCGCCUCUCUCGUUUGCAGCGGUUACGACAGAAGUAUCUAACGAGCGGACGCCAUCUCCUUCUGCUUCAUCGGGCUCCUCUGGGAACGAUAAGAAGGAGCAUGAUUCAGGUGGAAACAGUCCGCAGGGCAAAAAUUCUCGUCGCCGUGGACAAUGGGGACGCUGGAGAGAGAAGGGUAGUAAUAGUGGUGGCAACAAGUCUGGCAACGGGUCGCCUACAAAGUCGCGCUACUCUCGUGUACGACGCGUAAACGACGAGAAGAGUGAUGCGCAGAGAUGCAAACGCAGCGGAUCGAAGGAAGGUGGACGCCCUCGCGCUGAUCGUGGUUUGCGAAAGCAGGAUAACUCGUCGCAGCACCAUACGACUCCAAUGGUUGCUCCACACGCAUGA